AUGUCUUCGAGAAACUAUCCGCGCCCUCCCCAGCGCGACUCCUGGUUCGCCCCUCUAUCCGUCGACCUCAUCGUCAAGGUCCUCAAUGUGACCUUCCUGCACCCCUUUGUCUGCUGGAUGAUCCCGCUGUGCUUCCGGGCGCAGACGGUCCGGUGGGAAGCUCCCCGCAUGAUUGCAUCCAUAGCGUGGGCGACCUUCAUCACGCUGUGCUCGAUGGCAGGCGUGGUCAACCAGCGCAUUGCUUAUGGACUGCCGAGAGAGGUUGAUUUGAGCGAGGAGGUGAUUGUGAUCACGGGCGGUGCGAGCGGACUGGGCAUGUUGGUCGCCGAGGUGUAUGGCAUGAGGGGCGCCAGCGUCGCCGUGUUGGAUGUGAAUGAGAUGGAGAAUGGGGAGGCGCGGGGCGUCACCUAUUACAAGUGCGAUGUUGGCGACAAGGCACAGGUGAAGAAGGUUGCCGACGAGAUUGAGCGAGACCUCGGAACGCCGACUGUGCUCAUUAACAACGCCGCUGUUGUCAUUGGCAAGUCCCUCCUCAACCUGACCUUGGACGAGAUCGACUCCAGCCUGUCCACCAACCUGCUCGGCCCAUUCUAUUGCCUCAAGACCUUCCUCCCGGCCAUCCUCCGCGGCGGUCGCGGCGGCACCAUUGUCAACAUUUCCUCCGUCAUUGGCCACCUUGGCGCUGCGCAAUUGUCAGAUUACGCUGCUGCCAAAGCUGGUCUGACGGCCAUGCACCGCUCUCUGACUGCCGAGUUGCGCGAGACGCACCCUGAGAUUCGAACCGUGCUCAUUACCCCCGGACAGCUGAGCACGCCUCUAUUCUAUGGAGUCCAGACGCCGAAUAGCUUCUUUGCCCCAGUCGUAGAACCCGUCGAUGUCGCCAAGGAGAUCAUCGGGGCCAUUGACAAUGGCAGGGGUGCGACGGUAGGCAUGCCGCUUUACGCCCGGUGGGUGGACUGGUAUAAUGUUUUGCCGGCCGGAGUGCAGGUUCUUGCAAGAUGGGUGGCAGGUGUUGAUAGGGGAAUGAGGACGUUUAUUGGGAGGCAGGGGCUAAGCGAUGAGUUGACAAAGAGGUAG